AUGGAUACCUCGUCUACUGCCAUUCCCUCGUCCUCUGCUGGACGUCUUGCCCACGAUGCCAAACAGCCCAGGACCUCAGCGAGGUCUAUUUAUCACCACCAUGGCUCCUACAAAGUGGUUCACCAGUACGUCUCCAUUGAUGUUGAUCUAACCUCCCAUCGAAUCGAUGGGGUCACAGAAUUGACCAUUGCUCCCACCUCUCCUUUGUUGAAGUAUCUCUAUCUCGACUGCAGAUCUAUCAAAAUCAAAAACGUUUACUUGAACAACAAAAAAAUCAGCUACAUCCACAACGACAUCAUCAAAUCCCACGACCAGUCCUUCUUGAAAUCGUUUAUUGAUAACGACAAUUACCAUCCUUCCUCCAAUAUUUACCAGAGCAUCAACCAGCACCACUACUUGAAAGCAAACUAUGAUCCCUAUUUCAGUGGCCAGAAUACUAAAGAGCUAUACAUUCAAUUGCCCGACAACUUCAAAAUCACUUUGCAGGACACAAAUCAGACUCCAAUUCCACUUUCCAUGACAAACGCCUCCAUAAACUCGCCAUAUUCAAUCAGAACCCCAUCAAAUGACAGUCUAAUUUACACUCCAUUGACCAUCAAAAUUGAAUACUCCUUGCAGAAUCCUAUUGAUGGUGUUAAUUUUGUUGGAGGCUACGGCUUUUUGAAUUCUAAAAAAAUCAAAAAAUACGACUGGCAUGCUUACACCACCAAUUCAAAUCUAGGUCUUUCCACUUCUUAUUGGUUGCCUUGUCUUGAUUCUCUAUGGGAAAAAUCAACCUGGCAAAUCGAUAUAACUGUUCCCAAAACCAUUGCAAACAUAACUGCUCCAAUCCCCUUGGUUGCUUCCUCAUUGAAUUUUGAUGACAAUGAAGAUGAUAUCGAUAUCGAUAUCGAAAAGACUGUCAUUGACAUUGACGAUGACCCAAUACUCUUAUCCAAUAGCGACAGUGAAAAUGAGUACGACAACAAUAUUGAUGAAAAUUAUGAAAGUAUAAACGAAAGAGAAAUAAAAGUUAUAUGCUGUGAUCUAACUUCUCUCAAGGAAACUCCACAUCCCUUGAAUGAAAACAAAAAAAUAGUCUCCUUUCAAAUUGCUACACCGAUAUCGGCUCAUCAUCUUGGUUGGGCCAUUGGUCCCUUUAAAAGCUUUAAAAUGAUCGAUUUGAAAGACAAAAACCAAAACGCUUAUUAUGAUUACGAUUACGAAAAAGAUACCUUUCAAAUUGAAAGCUUAAUAUACUGCUUGCCCUCAAAGAUAAAUGCUGCAAAAAGCACCACCAUUUUUUUAGCUCAUGCUAUAGAAUUUUUCUCUAGAGAAUUUGGCUCUUUUCCAUUUUCAAGCUACUCAAUAGUUUUUGUUGAUGAUUUGACAACAAAUGAUAGCAAUUCCUUUGCUGGCUUAAAUAUCCAUAGCAACAGAAUCCUUUAUGAGCCAAAUGCAAUCGAGCCCCUAUACAGCUCAACUGAAAUAAUCUUAGAUGGUUUAACGCUACAGUGGUCUGGUGUAAACGUUGUUCCAGCAGAUUAUAAAGAUUUUUGGGUCACCAUUGGUAUUGCAAACUACAUGUCUUUACAAUACUACAAAAAAUUAAUGGGCUGGAAUGAAUUCAAAUUCAAGAUUAAAAAGGCAACAGAACAAAUUUGUAAACAAGAUAUCAAUAAAAAUCCCUUAGCUGAUCCCUUUUUUCUAUUUCCUAUUAAUGAAAAUGACGAUAAAACUUUGAAAUUUAUCAGACUAAAAUCUCCAAUCGUCAUAUACAUCCUUGAUAGAAGAAUGACAAAAACUGAUAAAUCCUUUGGUCUAUCAAGAGUAAUACCUAAGAUCUUUCUUCAAGCAAUGUCCGGUGAUUUGCCAAAUGGCGGGUUAUCCACUACUCAUUUUCAAUACAUUUGCGAGAAAGUAAAUCAUAAUAAAUUGGAUGAUUUUUUCAAUCAAUGGAUUUACGGUAGUGGCACUCCAACCUUUGAAAUAACCCAAAGAUUUAAUAAAAAAAGAAUGUUUAUUGAAAUGGGAAUACGACAAACUCAAAACAAUAGUCAUGAUGAUCAACAGAUAAAAGCAAAAGAGUUUAUCGAUGAGUCCAUUUUCCAUUUAACAAAAAAGAAUUCAGAUGAAAUCAAUAAAAAACCAAACACUGUUUUCACAGGUCCAAUGACCAUCAGAAUUCAUGAAGCAGAUGGUACUCCAUACGAACAUAUAGUAAAUAUCAAGGAUAGUUUUUCAAAAAUCGAUAUUCAAUACAAUACAAAAUAUAAAAGGUUGAAAAAAGUUAACCCCUCAAUUCAUAGAUCGCCUGAUGGAGACAACGAAGAAAUGGCAGAUUUAAACUAUUAUGAUAGUCUUAAUAAUAACUCCCUUGGAAAUAUUCUUAAAUCAGAACAGGAAAUGAGAAGUUGGAAUCUUUAUGAUUUCUCAAAAGAAAAACUUGAUAAAAAGCAGAAUGAAGCAUUUGAAUGGAUUAGAAUAGACGCUGAUUUUGAAUGGAUUUGUUGUAUACACGUAAACCAACCAGAUUAUAUGUUUUGCUCACAAUUACAAUCUGAUCGUGAUGUGGAAGCCCAGCUUGAUGCAAUUCAAUAUUUCAAAAACAGUCCUCCUAACAAAGUUUAUUCUAGUAUUUUGACAAGAACUCUAAUGGAUUCAAGAUAUUAUUAUGGCAUCAGAUUAGAAGCUGCAAAUGCUUUAGCCGCAUUAGCUAAAGAAGAAUGCCAAUUUAUUGGAAUGAAGCACUUGAUAAAGGCAUUUCAGAUUCUUUUUUGUUAUGAAAAUUCAUCAGUUCCUGUGAACAAUGAUUUUUCUAAUUUUCCAAACUAUUUUUUACAAAAGGGCAUUCCUGUUGCAUUGUCUAAAAUUAGAAAUAUAGAUGGAAGAUGCCCCAAUGAAAUUAAAAUAUUCAUCUUAAAUUUAAUUAAAUUUAAUGAUAAUCAGGGCAAUUAUUUUCUUGACCACAAUUAUAUGGGAGACUUAAUAAAGUCAUUAAUGUGGACUAUAGAUGAACCAAAUAAUAUUAUUGACGAGAAUAACGUUGAUGAAAGUGAAAAGUUAAUUAAGAUGAUUGUUGAGGAGGUAGAAAAACUUCAACAUAUGGAUGAAUCAAUACCAUCUUUUGAGAACCACAUUUUGUAUUCAAUCUUGAAGCAGCAGAUGAAACUUAUAAAAAGAAAUUUGAUUCAUUUUUCAUUUGAAGAAACUUUCAAUUACACAAGCCCAAGGUAUAAUUAUAAUAUAAGAAUCAUGGCUUUUGAGUUACUAUUGUACUGUGGUGGAAUUAAGAAUUCAUUAGUUUUACAUUACUUGUUUUUUUCGAUUUAUAUUGAAAAUUCAAGGUAUUUCAAGUAUGAACUAUUGAAAUUAUUUUACAAUGCGAUUGGAUUUACUUCAAUGAAUCAAAUACUAUCUCAAUUAGAAGAUGAAGAAUUUGAGAUAUUUACAUUAUCAAAUCAACCAAGUAGUGAGAUAAAAAAGCCCAGUAAUGAUUUCUCUAUGAUCGUGGUUGAAGAGAAACCCAAGCCUAAUUUGCUGGAAAAUUCUGAUUUUUCAAUUGAAGGGCUUAUAAAGUAUUUGAGAAAGACAUUGGCUACUGGAAAUGGAAUAAAAAAGGAGCUAUAUUCGGCAAUUCAUUCGAAUAUUUUUUCUAUCAAGGACAAAAGACGAUUAUUUGAUAUUUGUGAGAUAUUGUUUGAGCCAGUUGAUAGUGUAGUUGUGAAAUUGGGUAUUCCAAGUGAUAAGAGGAUAGUAGCUAGAGUAGUUAAGGAUUUUGAAGUUGUAUUAAAAAGAGAAAUCAGGGCGAAAAAACCAGAGGUCACAAAAUCAUCUAUAAUCAGCAUUAAACCGCAAAAACUCAAGCUUAAAAACAAAAAGGGAAAUAUGAAUCUUGGGAUCAUUAAACUUGGUACUGGGCAGAAAAAGAGAAUAAAGUCAAAUGAUAUUAAAGGUAUAUCCGAAGAGAAGCCUAUUGCUAUUGAAAGUUCGCCUAUCAAGAAGCCAGGGGGAGGCAGCAAACCAACGUCAAGAAGACCCAGUAUAAACAAGGCAGUUCAGCCAUUGAAACCCAAAUUACAAUUCAAGACACCAGAUACUAAAACUGCUGUCAUUAAGAAGCCUUUGAAAAAAAAAAGCAAUGUAGUUGUCAGAAAAACAGACAAUUCAUUUGCUGUUAAACUAAGGCUACCACAAAAAAAACUCCAACAGAUAAACAUGAAAAAUGGCAAUGGGUUUCAUGUUUAUUAUGAUAGGAAACUUGGACAACCGAAUUUUAUUAGAACAGUUCGUAUAUCAUUUAAAAAAAAAUCUAUUUUAUUAUCGUCUCAACCAGUUGAUGGUUGA